UUGCUUAUUAGAAAUGGGAGAAAAACAACAAUGGACUAAUGAGCAUUUAAAAUGCUUAUUGGAUACUUGUAUUGAAGAAGUAGAGAGUGUCGGGAGAAAAUGAUUGAUUUUGCAAAAAAAAAACUCAUGGAUAAUGCUUGGAAGACUUCUUAAGGAGAAAUUUGGUUUUGAGUUGAGUCAAAAACAAAUGACAAACGUAUAUGACAAUCUGAAAGUCAAUUACACAGGAUGGGUGUAUUUAAAAAACAGAAUUAGUAAUGUUUACAACUCUCAAACAAACACUUUCAACUUAACAACCGACGAGUGGGAUGAUUUUAAGAAGGGGCAUCCGAAGGCUGCUUCAUUGAGAACAAUUCCACUACCUUUUCUAGAUCUUUGUGCACGUCUUUUUGAUGGAAAUAGUGCCACUGAUAAUUUUAGGAGUUACUCAACCCAAUCAUCAUCAGUAGCUGUAGCAUCAUCUUGUCGUGUUCCACCACUUCAAAUUACCGCCACCCCUUUUAAUGCAAUAGAUGAUGAUGGUGACCACACUUCCCACCAUGAGCCACCACCUUUUGUUGCUUCACCUUCUGUUGCUUCACCAUAUAUUGUUUCACCAUCGGGUAGCCCUAACAAAAGGGCUAAACCCUUAACUCCUGUACCUCCUAGAGCCUCACCGUAUGCUUCUUCACCUGAUAGAACUUCUAUUAUUACUGACGAUUUAGCAUUAGAAAUGAAAAAAGGUCUACAAAUUUUGACUAAAGGGUAUACAAACCCUUAAUGUUUAGAGAAGUUAGAGGUGCUUCAGUUAGGCCCUACAGAUCCUUUACGCUUUGUUGCUAAUGAUAUUUUUGGAGCAAUCAUGAACAUGAGAGAGAUGUGUAGGAAUUUGUCGGAUGAUCCCGAGGUAUUACAAGGAUGGCUUGAGAUGACGGCUACAAGUUUAGGAGUUUUGAAGGAUGGAAAGAUUGUCCGAUGAUUUUUCUAGUGUUGAAACUAUUUGUUAGUUCUUUUUAUCUUUGUUGGAAAUAUUUUGUUAGGUCUUUUUUCCUUUGUUGGAACUAUUUUUUGUUAUUUUGCUACUUGGAAUGUGGUUUGUCUAAUGGUUUUUUGGUACUUGAAAAAUGAUUAAUUUAAUGUUUAUUUGCUACUUCAAAUUUAAUUUAUGUAAUGUUGUUUUGCUACAUGAAAUAUGGUUUAUGUAAUGUUUUUUUGCUACUUGAAAUAUGAUUAAUGUAAUGUUUUUUAAAGUUCUACUUUGUUGAUUUUAGGUUCAUAAUGGAUCACGACCAAAAGUUACUUCUUGUAAUUCUUAUGUACCUGU